AUGAACCAUCCUCCUCCCUUCCCUGUCCUCCCCUGCCUUCAGGAGACACUGCUGAGCCUGGUGUAUGUCCAGCGGGCACACUGGCGCUGCAUCCAGUACCAGGGUCCUUAUGCCAGCAGGAGGUGCGGGGCGAGGCUGACCCAGCACCUUCACCCUGAGCCUUCCUUCAAGGCCUGGUGGGUGUCCGAGGCCGUGGUGCUGAGUGAGUCUCUGAGGCUGUGUCUGGUGUGUGACGAGCAGGUGGAGCAACACGCAGCCUUACGGAAGGGGAACAUCCAGAGCGCAUCCAGCGGGUGUGGGAGAUGCUGGGGCGUGCCGGGGUGCUGGGGCGAGGCCAGCGGCUGCAGAGUGGCAUGGGUGACGCAGAGGCUCUCACUCAGGUGGUGCUGCCCGUGGCCUACCAGUUCAACCCACAGCUGGUCCUGGUCACUGCCAGCCUUGAUGUUGGUGCGGGGACCCACUUGGAGGUUGCCGCGUGAGUCCUGGUUGCUGUGGACAUAUGAUGGCCCUUCUGUCUGGCCUGGCCGAGGGCCGCAUAGUUCUGGCACUGGAGGGCGGCUUCAACCUCACCACCAUCAGCUACUGUAUGACGCUGUGUGCCAAGGCCUUGCUGGGGGAUCUGCUGCCCCCCCUUGAGCCCCAGCUGGUGCCCAACAAGAGUGCCGUGCAGACCACCAAUGGGGUCAUCCGUACCCACAGCCGCUACUGGCUGGCGCUCUGCUUCAAGGUGAGUGUGGGGGUCUUUAAUCCGACCACUGCAAUUGGCAUGGAUUUGGCCUUCACUGGUAGCCUGGUAACAUACACUCCCAGGUCUUUCUCUGCCUCUGUGGUGAUAGUGGAGUGUUUCCCAUGUGGUAUUGGUGUGCUGGAUAUCCCCUCCCAAGGUGCAGGACUUUACAUUUUUCUUCAGUGAAUUGUAGCAGACAUUUUUUGUUCCAUUGCUGUAGCUUGGUGAGGUCUUCUUGUAAGAAAUCCAGUCAAGGGGUUAAGGGGCAGGACUGGUGAAAGUUAUCCCUCAUGUCUUGCUGGUGUGUUCUGUGCCUGGUAGUGUUGUCAGUACAUAGUUUAG